AUUCUUGAUUGGCCUAUCCUAUAAAUUUCUCCAAUCAAACCAGAGAGAGAGAGAGAGAGAGAUGGUGGGAUUCAGUGAGAAACAAGAAGCAUUAGUUAAAGAAUCAUGGGAGGUCAUGAAACAUGAUGCUCCUAAUCUCAGCCUUCGUUUCUUCACUCUGAUUUUGGAGAUUGCACCAGCAGCAAAGGGGAUGUUCUCAUUUCUCAAAGACUCUGAUGAAAUCCCACAAAACAAUCCAAAGCUAAAGGCUCAUGCUGUCAAAGUUUUCAAGAUGGUUGGUGUCUCUAUAUUUUCAACUAUUUUGGAUAUUGAAAAAUUGGUAAUGUUGAUUAAUUGGUGUUUUGGUGAAAUUGAUGAAAGACAUGUGAGUCAGCAAUUCAGCUACAUGAGAAAGGUGAAGUAGUGGUGGCAGACACUACUCUCAGGUGGUUGGGAGCUAUUCACAUGUUGGGUAUGAUUAGUUAAAUGAUAUCUAAAAGUAAAACCAAUACUAUCUUUGAGGAGUGAAAGAUUAUAUUGGGUAUGAUUAGUUAAAUGAAUUAACAUGUUUCAAUUUUUCUCUCAAUUAUCUUAUUUAUAUAUAAAACGAUAUGUUCUGGUGAUGUUCGAAUUAACAACAUUUAACUGAAAUAAGAAAAAAAGGGAAAUGCUUUGAAAUAAUUGGAAAGAAACAAAAAGAAAUACUUUUUUCAAUGAAAUAAUAGCAUUUCCAGCAUUAUCAAAGACGUCGUUUUGUACACGGAAGAGACAAUUGAGAAAACUGAAACUCACGAGAAGCAAUAUACAAGUUGUGAAAGAAGCAUUGUUGAGAACGGUGAAAGAGGCGAUGGGGAGAAAUGCAGCGAUGAGAUGAGUGGCGCGUUGGCGGACACCUACGAUCACUUAGCAACGGCAAUCAAGAAUGAGAUGAAAGCUGAAGCAUCUGCUUAAUUAGUUACUUAUAAUCCUCUAAUUUACGUUUGAAAUCAAAUAAAUUUUGUAGUUUGGAGUCAGAAUGUACUAAUCACUAGUGCCCAAUUCAAGUUCAUAUCCUUUUUUUCAUCCUUUCAA